AUGACCACAGACUCAAGCUCCGUCGCUAUAUCUACGCCCAGAUCCCGGCCCCGUGCUGCGACGACAGUGCAACCAGCUCCCACCUUCCCCUCGUCCCUUUCUUCCCGACGCUCCUCACAAGUCAUGGCCCCUCUUACGCUCUCGCCCACUCUCAACGCCUCAGCAGCAAGCCCGAUGCCGGGCGCUGGGGAACAAGACUCCUCACGGGCAACCGCAGUGUCUGGCCCAUUGCGUCAUCCCAAACCGCUGACCCCAUCCGAUAUCCAUUCAAUGUUGGAGCAAGAACAAGAAGCAAUGGUUAACCGGCUAUCGAGAGAGCUCUCCCUUCUUCGCCAGCAAACAGCCUCGGUCGCAUCGACUACAUCAUCAGCAUCGACUACACUCAACGAUCCCAUGGACUCGCUGCACGCCUCCCAGUACAUCAUCAACUCCACGGUUCCGACGACUUCGCGCAGACAUCGCUCCUCUUCCAGCCUCAGUUCCUCCUACAUCCCCGCGGUUCAAGGGUCACGGACGGGCAGCGGGUUCGGAAUCGCACCGUCGAGAGAGACACAGGUACCGUCGACCCGCACGGACUCGGCGCGCUCGGGGAGGAGUCGAGAGCCGUCGCUCACUUCUCGACAAUCGGACGCAGCACUGUCGCAGCAUCACUUCCUAUCUACCGACCAGCUUUCACCCUCCAUAGGGGGGUUCUCGCACCGAAACUCGCUCACUCAGCAGAAGAGCCCUUUUAUUCCAGCCUCUCGCCACGAGGAGCUCCUCGCCCAGCGGGAAGAAGUAGAUUUGCUGAAGCGGGAGAAUGAGAGUCUGCGCCGACGUGUGCGGGAACUAGAGCUGAUUGUUCGAAAUUCUCGAGAACCGGAGCGUGCUAUAGACCACGACACUCAGAAUCCAGCGCGCUCCGACGGAGAACAGGGGAGGGAGGCACUGAAGCUUGAAGAUUGA